UACAAUAUAGUGCAAACUGCAAGUAGAAUAUUGUGAAUUGUUUUUAAAUAAAGUACUACAUUAUUAUGAUAUAAAUUAAACCAGCUAAAUUAUUAAGCAAACAUGAAAAAUAAACCUGUAAAGCAUAAAACCACAAAUACAUUCCGUUUUGUGCCCUUUGCUGAGCGAAUAAAUUCAAUAGAUAUUCGCCAUGCUGCUCUAUAUCAUAUUGAACAUGCUUAUUCAAGUCAGCCAGGCGAAAAUGAUACUCACUUCCAUUUGGCGUUACAAAAAUGGCAUGGUCUAAACUUGACUGUAAAUUUUAAGAAAUUUAAGAAGGAUGUCUUUGGCAUAGUAACUGUGCCACAACUAAUUCACAAAAAGGAUGAAGUAUUAAAUACUUUAGAAGAAUAUUUAAAAUUAGAAGAUCAGUUGUGUUUACAACCUUUACUGGAAAUCUUAGUUUCAUUAGCAAAAGACUUACGCAGUGACUUUUAUCCUUAUUUUCCGAAAUUUCUGGACAUACUUAUAACAUUAUUAAACACAAAGGAUGUAGAAAGGUUGGAGUGGACAUUAGUAUGUCUAGCCUUCUUAUUUAAAAUACUGAAACCUUACUUGAAGAAAGACAUUGGGGUGAUACUUAAACGAAUCAUACCUCUGUUAAGUGAAUCCCAACCACAGUAUAUAAACAAUUUUGCAGCUGAAAGCUUUGCAUUUGUAGCAAGAGAUAUAAAAGAUAAAAAGAAAUUCAUUGAGCUCAUUCUUGAAUAUCUGGAGACAAAUGAUGAUGCUAUUACUGGCUGUGGACAUCUCUUGUUUGAAAUUAUGAGAGGCGUUAGUAAUAAAUUUCAUAGUUGUAUUGAAAAUUUUCUUCCCAUUCUGUUUGGGCAUCUUAAAGAUAAAAAAGAACACCAAGCUAUCUUAUUCAAAGUACUGACACAGACUAUUGAAGAUUGUCUUCAUGGUAUAUCACCGACAGAAUUUAAUGUUUUCUGGACGCAUAUGCAGAAGUUUACUGAACAUUUUUUGAAGGAAGAUGAUGACAAUCCAGGUUUAGAAUACAUUUUAAGAUUGGCAGGGCAAGUGAUUGAACAUAUGAAUGGCAAAUGCCUGACAAAUCCACAACAAUUCACCCUUCUUUUAGUCAAAGUUAUCUGCGAGCAGUCAUCAGAAAAAGUAUUGGAAGUGUGCUCGCAGAUUGGGGCCUUGAUGCUCCUUUCAUCACAUAUUUCUUUAUCUCAAGAACAUGCUGGCAUUUUAGUUAAAGUAUUACUUCCAUUGCCAUAUCCUAAUAUACUGAUUAAUUUUGUGCAAAGUGUCGUUAAUUAUUCACAAUUCGAUAUACAUAUUCUGCCUGCUUUUAUAAAAUUCAUUAUUCAGUCAAAUUUUGAAAGUAAUGCAAUGUUAACUCUUGCUAAAAUAUGCCUUUCAAAGUCACCCUUAUCCAAAAAUGGUUUAAAGCUUUUUGAGUGGGUUAAAUAUCCUGUUGACUUUGGAAAAGGAUUACCACAAUUAAUGGAAUAUGCCAAAAACAUAUUGAGUGACGAUAUUGAUAAUAUAAUUGCACAUCCAACUAAAUUGUUAAAUUUGCUGUUUUCAUUACCACACAUUGAAAAAGUGGAUGUAGAAUUUUGUAUUAAAAUGUUAAGUGAUCUAAUAUCACAGUUAUUCAAAGUAUUGGAUGGCUAUAAUCUUGAAGACCAAGCAAAUCAAAAUAAACUGCAUUGUGAGAAAACUAAUUUAUCAAAAUGUGCUAGAAAAGUAAUAUUUCUCAUAGCGACUGCAAUGGAAUGUGCUAUACAUAUAUCAAAUUGUCAAAAAUUGAAGAAAAUAUGUGACAUUGAUACUUUAUUGCCUAAGUUAUUACCAUGUGCAGCAGACCCAAAUUACUUGGUGGCUUUACACCUGGUUGAUUUGUAUUUGACAGCCUAUGAACAGGAAAAUGGUUUAACAUAUAACUUUCUGUUAUUAGUAGAUUCAUAUUUGAGAAAAAACGUAUCUUCUCCAUUUCAUAUUGUUCGUCUAUUAACAACUCAUAUUUAUAAAUUAUUUGAAAAUGUAGAAGAAUUGAAUAAAACUGUACAAGUAGGAGGUGAUGUUGAGAGAUUUUCAGUUUUCAGUAAUUGUUUUACAGUGGAGUCCAUAUCAUCUUCUAUACAAGAAUAUAGAAUGCAGUUAAAUCUUCUACAAAAAAUGACUUUUAAUACAACCCAAUAUGAACUUGCAAAGCAAACUGAUUUCCAUCUAUUUGGCCUAAAUUAUAUGUUAGGAGUUUUGUAUAUCAACUUUAAACUUUUAUGGGAACCUGUGACGGAAUUUGUUGCGGGUUUCGGUAACGCACUAAAUGCGGAAGACUUUUGGCCUACAUUUUAUGAGACAUUAGAAACAGCUUUUGCUAAUGCUAAAAUAAAGUUAAAUGAGUUUAAUUUUGAAGAUGACCUUGAUAGCAAUGACAAGAUGUUAAUAGAAAUAAGCACAGAUUAUAGCAAUAUAUCAGAAAGGCCAGACCUGUACAAUUACAGAAAUCUAAUGUUGAGGAUUAUGACAAAUUGUAUUCAAGUUUGUGAGGCUAAAAAUAGAGAUGUAGUCAAUCUCUUCUUAAAGUUUAUCGAGGAAGAGUACAGGCAAAAUGCGUCAGUGAAUACACUUCGAAUUAAUGUAGAAACAUACAAUAAAUCAAAAAUAGAUACAGAAGAUGAUGAACAUAAUGUAGAGGUUGAAGAAGAAAAUAAUGUAGAAAUUCCUGAAGAAGAAAUAAAAGAUUCAGUGUCGGGCAAAAAUGUGUUCAAAACUCUUAUAAAUAUUAUGCAAGUAUUGGCACAAUUUAAAAAUCCAAGAGCUCUACAUAAAGAACCUGUAUUUUGGGAAUUAUACCUUGAGUUUUUAAAACAUAAAAAUCCAGGUCUCCAGAAAUUUGCUUUAGAUUGCAUCCUUAACUAUAAGAACAAAAGUCUUGUACUAUAUAAAUCAAAUCUACAGAACUUAGUUGAUGAAAAGAAGUUUAAAGAUGAAUUGACACAAUUUAAAAUAACAGAAGAUUCUCAAGCAAUUCAACCUGAGCAUAGAGAACAUGUAAUACCAAUUGUGCUAAGAAUACUUUAUGGUAAAAUGACUUCUAAGUUAGGUGCAGACAAAAAGGGAGGAGGUCAAAUAAGACGAUCUUUAGUCAUGAGGUAUUUGAGUGGAUGUAAUGAAGACGAGUUAAAAUUAUUUAUAGAAAUGGCAUUCACUCAUUUUAAGCAAUACAUGGUUAUGGAACCGAAAGAAAUAUAUGCAGAUAUUGCAAACAAUAUAGACCUUAAAUCUGUCAUUAGCCCUGGAAAGUUGCACAGUGUUUUAAAUCUUUUUGAUGUUGUUCGAGAAUAUUUUGGAGGCUAUAUGAAAGAUAAAUUACUAUCAGAUUUUUUGAAAAUAUUUUUCGCGGUUUGCACAAACUUAUCUAGUGUCCUGCAAAAUUUUGAAAAAGUUCACGUAAGUUAUGUCAAAGUUAUGAAACACCUUCGGACCUUAUCAUUAGGUAUCCUAGGAAAAUUAUUUGAUCAAUUCGAUAAAUAUGUUUGGACUAAAGAUGAGCUGUUUGUCAUUUUUCAAACCUUAUUAUGGCCUCUUGUGCCUCGUUUGCAUAUAGAGGGCAUUCAUAGUCCCACAGUAUUGUUAAAACUACUUAACAUUUGGUGUCAAAACCCCCGAUAUUAUAUUUUGCUUAUAACAUGUUCAGAAGAAGAUACUUCGCUUAGUCCUUUACCUGCGAUAUUUAAACUACUGUUGGCACCGAAAACUCAUCCCGGAGUUGUCAAUUUAAUUUUGGAUAUGAUUGAGAAACUUGUUACCUUGACAGAAGAUGAAGAAGAAAAAGACAUUCCUAGAAUAGAGUCUUUUAAUACUUUGAAACUUGGUGCAGAUAUCAAACCUGACAUGAAUUUCGGCAGUAAAAUUUUAAUUCCUCAUCUACCAAGUAUUUUGGAGGUUAUGAAGAGGAGAAUUGCUAAUUCGGCGAAAUCUAAUACUGUUAAUAAAAGAGAUCUUUUAAUUUUAUCAAGGGUUACAGAAAUGGUUACAACCCCUGAGUUGUGUGAUGAAUUAUUAAGUCUAUUAUUACCGAUAUUAGUAAAGAAAGUAUGCAUGAAUAUGGCUGAAGAAAAUAUGGAACAUGCUGUUAAUACCAUUAUAAAUUUACUUGGUCAUAGCUCAAAUCCUCAACAUUACAUAAAAAACAUUGCCGUCUUAUUUAAUAAAGUUGGGCCAGUAGAGGUUAGGAAACUCCUCAUUAAGUUACUGUCUUCGAUAGCAGAAAACACAGCCAUUGACAAAGAUAAAUUAUUAAAAAUGGCUCAUGUAAUAACAGAAAUGAAUGCUUUUAAUAAAAGAUGGAUUGAACAACCAGAUUUCGACCGACGACUUGAUGCUUACAAACUGAUAUAUCAAAUGUUGGAAGCGAAUGAAAUUGAUGUCGACCUUACAAUUUUAAUCGUUAACAAUUGUUUUUACUUUAUCCGAACCGAGAAAGACAUAGGAUUACGAGAUAGUGCGGGAUUAUGCUUAAAGAAAAUUCUUCCUAAAUUAUUAACUAAAUAUCGUUCAGCGACCGAUGGUCAGUUUUUAGUUCGGGAUACAGUACUUGCACUUAUAUCAACUGGUAUAAGAGAUAGCAAGAAUGAUUUUUUGCGCAAUGAGAGUCUAACAUUGCUGGGAGAGUUAGUGCGAGAAUGUCCAGAUGCUGAUGUAGUAUUAUCUGAUUUAGCUCCUUUAACUAAUAAAGAAGAUAUAGAAGUUGAUUUCUUUGAAAAUUCUUGUCACUUGCAAUUACAUAGACGAGUAAGAGCGCUACUAAAAUUCAGUAAAGUAGCUAAAAAAAUGAUUAAAUGCCCUACACCUAGAACACUUACUAACUUUAUUUUGCCUUUAGCUUCAAUUUAUAUUUGUGACGAUAAAUAUAGUGAUAAGAAUUCUCUCAUAGAUGCCUGCAUUGAAGUAAUUUCAACUUGCUGCAGAUUAUUACCAUGGUAUCACUAUGAAGUUAUACUGAAACUAUAUUUAAAUAAAAUGAGGCAUACAUCAGAACACCAAAAACAGCUGACACGAAUAUUGAUCGGUAUACUGGACGCAUUCCAUUUUGAUUUCUCUAAAGUUAAAAAUAUUGAAUUGCCGAAAGCAUUGACUGCUAGCAUAAGGGGCAAUAACAUGAACACAGGGAAAUCAGGUUCACGUGAUCAAGUAACAUCCGAGGAAAGUAAAAAUAAGGAAGGUAGUGAUUCAGAAAGUGAAGCUGAUGAAAAUCAAGCAAUUAGUAAAGCAGGUGAACAAAUAGAAGAAUUGGAAUCUGAUUUACUUUUAGCAGAAGAAAAAGAAGAAGAAAGUCAUAUCAGCAAGGAAAUAGACAACGAACCGGCAUUUGAAAAAAUCACAAAUGUAUCUCCUUCAGUCGGUAAUAGAAUAAUAAAGUCUCUGUCUAGUGGAUUACUACCGCAAUUAAAUAGGGCGAUUGGAAAAUUAACUGAACAUGAAGGGUCUCACAAGUUAAACAGACGUCGUACAGGAAUGGCGCGCUUAGAAGAAGACAUGCUACGAGUCCCAAUAGCAUUGGCUUUAGUUAAACUUCUUCAAAGAUUACCGGGAGAUAUUUUAAGGCAUCAACUUCCUGGCAUUAUUAUAAAACUAUGCUCCUUCUUGAAAUCACCAUUAAAACAAGUCAGAAUUACAGCACGAGAUAUUGUUAAGAAAAUAAUGUUAACAGUCGGUACAUCAUACUUAGGUGUACUGUUGGAACAUUUAACGCUUUUGCUCACACGAGGAUUUCAAGUUCACGUUUUGGUUGCAACUAUUCAUAACGUCUUAGAUGCUUUGAAAUCAGAUUUUAAAUCUGGUGAUAUCGACCAAAAUCUCGAUUACAUACUCGAUGUUUGUACUAAUGACUUAUUUGGCGCUUUGUCAGAAGAGAAAGAAGUUGACAAACUACAUUAUAAAACACCUGAAGCGAAACCAAGCAAAAAAAGUUAUGUCACCCUUUUGAUUGUAGCUCAGAACAUCACGGAAAAGUGUUUAAUAAAUCUUCUCUUACCUUUUAAAGAAGUAUUACAAAAACAUCAUUCGAAAAAAAUCGUCGUUAAAGUUCAAGAAGCGUUAAUGCAUAUAACAAGUGGAUUAGUUACAAACAAGCUUAUUGAAAUUGAAUCUCUAUUUGUUUUUCUUCACGGCCUUGCUUCGGAAAGUAUACCGGAAUUUGUAUUAAGUGCACCCAAACGUGAACUGACAGAGGCACAAAGAGAAAAAAUGCUUAGAGCUAAACCUGAUUGUUUUAUCGUUCCUGAAAUACCGAAACGUAAUAAGGAAUCUCAAGCCAGAAAUGUUAAGACAUCUUCUAAAACAAACGCUCACGUCAUCAUCGAAUUUAGUUUGAACAUAUUAUACGUAAUUCUUAAAAGAGAAAAGGUUCCUAGAAUAGAUUGUAAAGCGUUUGUGGAUCCUUUAAUACCACUUUUAGUUGAUGCCUUGAAUAGUGACCAUGUCAAAGUAACUACGGUUGCUAUGAAAUGUAUAGCAACUUUAUGGACGAUUAGAGUCAGUACAUCGACUCUCGAAGAAAUGACAAAAGACAUAGUAAAGACAAUAUUUUCCAUAUUACACAAGUUUGCAACGUUUGGGAUUAGUAAACAGAACGACAAUUACCAUUUAGUUAGAAAUGCAUUUAAGGCAGUAACAGUUCUUAUAAGAAAUGUAAAAUAUUUCACAUUAGAAGCUGAGCAAUUGAAAACUCUUUUACUCUACGCGGAAGAAGAUUGUCAGAACGAUGAACGCCAAGCCAACUCGUUUUCAUUAUUAAAAGCUAUAUUGGAAGCGAAAUUAGUGUCAAGUGAAUUGCAUGAGGUCAUGCAGAAGGUGUCUCAAAUUUGCAUUCUAAGUGAAUCGGCUCGGUCGAGGGAAGAAGCUCGCGUAAUUUUCGUGAAUUACUUAACUCACUAUACGCCCGGUAAAAGAUUGGAGAAAUAUAUACAAUUUUUCAUUACACAGUUAAAUUAUGAACUGCAACAUGGAAGGGAGUCUUCUUUAAAGUUUCUAGAUAUGAUCAUCAAUAAACUUAAUGUCGAUCAAUUGAAGAAUCACGGCGAUUACAUGUUUCUGUCUUUAGGCGCUUGUAUGGUAAAUGAUAGCGCUCCAGAGUGUCGGGCUUCAGCAGCCGCUUGUAUUGAAUCCAUGUUGAAGAAGUUCCCAGCUAUCGAGAGGAAUAAACUCUUUGAACUAGUCCUUGCUUUCUUUAAGGAUACUCAGCCAAUACAUUUCGAAUUAGGUGCGCAACUUUGUAUACGUUUCGUAAACGUCGAAGAAGAUAAGUUUCAAAGUCGCCUCGAUAGUAUACUGUCAUCAGUUAAUGGCAAAAUACAUUUACUAAGUAACGCCGUUACAGAAGGUAGAUUUGUCAAAGUCAAAUUAGACGAAGGACAUGAUAAGACGGACGAAGAAAAGCAAAAUGAAAGGGACCAUAGCUUAAUACAAAUGUUGAAUUUGAUUGACAAGAUAACGAUAAAUUGCUCGACCAGUUUGAAGAACAAGAAGUAUAUGAGUGAUUUCGACGAUGUAGCUCAGCAGUGUCAAGUGCUGUUAGCUUAUCCACACUCGUGGGUCAGAUUGAAAGCUGUUAAGAUAUUGGGUACAAUUUUAUCAGCGAUAGAUGUUGAAGAAUUGAAUGGGUUGUCCAAGGAGGUUGAGUGUGAAAGAGGUUUCAUCUUUGAUGAUACUGAAAACUGUUUGCGAAGUCUAGUGUUGGACUUGUGUGCCCAGUACACGCCAAAUGUGUCGCAAGAUAUGGCUGAUCAGGUAACAGAUGUCUUAUUCCAAAUAUUGAAGCUUGUGAAUGAAAUGCCGCGUUUCAAAAUUUCAAACAAGACAAAGACAGAGGAAACAAUCGAAGAUUCGAAUUCGAAAGUGAAUAUAAGAUGGAUACUGUUCAAGUUAAGGAAGGCUGUUAACGUCGAAGUAGUUAAAGCGCCUAUCUGCAUGAAUAUUAGAAACGCCGUAUUCACGAUGUGGCUACACGUCAUCAGUUCACUAUCACCUGAAGAGAUUCUCACUAUAAUCGACGUGUUCCUGCCGCCGAUUGUUCGAGAACUUUCCACUGGCGAAGGAAUGGCGGCGACACCCGCUAAACAAUUGGCAGGAAGAUUGGGCAAGAAAUUGAGAAGGAAAAUCGGGGAUAUCGAAUACAGCAAGAUGGCGGCUGAGGCUCAAACGAGGUUGAAUAUUAAAAGAGCUGAACGAAAGAAGUUAUUGCUACAAGAAAAGGUCAACAACCCAGAGAAAGCGGCUAAAAGAAAACUUCAAUUGCGUGAGAAAAAGAAAAAGGCGAAAAAAAUUAAACUCGAAAUGUUGCACGGCAAGAGACCAAGAGCUAAGAAGCGGAAGGCGGAAGAUGUUGACAUCGAGGACGAAUUAUUAAAAGAUACAGAAGAUUAAUCUAUAUAAAUUAUCUAAAACCGAAAUUAUUUUCAUCUGUAUAAAUAAUUUUCGGUGGAACCACAGAUUUAGAGAGAGCUAGAUACGGCAAGUCGUCCGACAAACUUGUCGAGCUACUACUUUAUUAUCUAGUCGAUCUAGACAGCGUUGAGU